AAAGGAUCGGAGGUUGUAUUAGGCCUGAGGGUGAAGGCUUGAGGGUAUCUUCCAGGGUUAAAAGCCUGUGAGACUUGUUAUGGGCACCCCAAAACUAAGACAAAGAGUUCAAAUUUCCCUCGUAUUGAUAAUGAAGAAGAUACUAUUAUCAACAUUGCUCUAGUUAUUUCUCUGAUUUUACGCCAAGGAAAGAGCAUAAACAAGUCAAUGGGGAACUGUUGCAGUUUUUCAUCAGGUUCUAAUGGCGAUGAUCAUCCCAACGCAAAGAACCAUUUAGGGAGGAAUCAGUUCUCUGCUGGUCUCAGCAACAGAAGACUAAUACAGAAUGACAAUUCUUCUUCUCGUGGGUGUAGCAGUCACUUUGGAGGAACCGGCAGUCUGUUUGGGCCAAAUAGUAGUAAUAAUCACAUAUCAGGAAAUAACACUAGCACGUCGUUUUGGGGCUCUGAGAAUAGCCACACCUCUGGAGUCAGAGAUGGAGGGGAGUUUCCUCAUGGUGAGAUCUUGAACGCUCCAAACCUGAGAGUAUUUACUUUUGCAGAAUUGAGGGCUGCCACCAAAUAUUUCGGAGCUGGCAGUGUGAUAGGAGAGGGGGGGUUUGGUAGAGUAUACAAGGGUUUGAUUAGAGGUGAGGGAUUGACUAUUGCCAUCAAGAAAAGGAAUCCCGAAAGCUUGCAAGGAGUUGCGGAAUGGCAGUCAGAGGUGAAUUUCUUAGGGAGGCUUUCUCAUCCCAACCUUGUUAAGCUGUUGGGAUUUCGGCGAGAGGAUAGUGAGCUGUGCCUGGUGUAUGAAUUCAUGCAUCGUGGUUCCUUGGAUAACCAUCUAUUUGGAAGAGGUGCAAAUGUUCGGCCACUUUCAUGGGAUACAAGGCUGAAGGUUAUGAUUGACGCAGCUAGGGGACUGAAUCUCCUUCAUUCCAUGGAAAUGAAAAUUGUACAUAGAGAUUUUAAACCCUCAAAUAUACUACUUGACGAGGCAUUUACGGCAAAGUUAUCAGACUUUGGGUUAGCCAAAUCUUUUUCUUCGCUUGAUCAGACUCACGUAACAACACGAGUUAUGGGAACAGGAGGCUAUGCUGCUCCUGAGUAUAUAGCAACAGGUCGUUUGAAAGUGAAAAGUGACGUGUAUGCAUUUGGAAUUGUUUUGAUGGAGGUGCUGACAGGGAAAAGAAUGCAAGAUAUAUGGCGAUUGCUGAAGCAAAAGUCCUUGACGGAUUGGCUCAAAUCAAAUAUACUAAAUAGAGGGAAAAUAAGAAUGAAUAUGGAUGCAAAGUUGGAAAGAAAGUAUCCAACCAACUUAGCUUUAGAGGUAGCUCAACUAGCUCUCAAAUGCAUCCGAACAGAAGCCAAAGUGAGGCCAUCAAUGAAAGAAGUUCUUGAAAGAUUGGAACAGAUUGAAGCAGCUAAUGAGAAACCAUCUGACAACAGUUAUAACAGAAGACGUGUUAAUCGUUCCCAGGUAGUUCAACAACGCGAUCAGCCAGAUGGUGGUCAAUUGAAUUGAACCCAUCGGCACUAUAUUCCUUUGCAGCUGAUGCAUUGUGGAGUUGAAGAGCAUAUAGCUAAAGUGCCUCUGCUGUAGUGGUGCCGAGUAGAGUUGAGCUUGUAUAUAAUAACAACACAUGCAAAUGUUACCUGGGCAGCCCGCGCUAAAAAAGGUAUUUUCUUAUGAGCUAGAAGUCCAUUAUGUGGCUUAAAGAAUGUGUCCUAAAGGAAGUGCACAUUGAUGUAGAAAAAGUAAAGAAAUUUAUUGGAAAUUAACAAAUUUCUCUACACAUCAAGUGAAUGCAUCUGAGGAUCUUUCAACAUAAACAACUUUGUCGAUGAAAAGGGUCUUGCUACUCUUGCAAGAUAAAGGUUGUACGUAUUGAAACUUGUUCAGAUUGUCAUGUUGGGUAGCAAUAUAGAAUGAACUAGACAAUCAAUGUAAAUUAGAUGCAUGUUCUCUCAUGCAAAAGUGCCUAAAGCUUUAUAGGGUGAGACAUUAAGAACUCUAACGAACUUGGUUAACCUGUCUUUUUGUGUUAUUUUUGAUAGUGAUGUCCUUGUGUGAAGGGAGCUAUGUUUCCUACAUAUAUACGAGGGUGUUUGGAUGCAAAACACUUGUUCACAUCCCUAUAUAUGAAAGAUUUAAGCUUGAUGGAAACUCGAAACAA